AUGGAAGCAUCACAUUUUUUACAAAGUAGGAGGAGCUUUGCUGCAACUCUGGCUCACUCAAGGCAUGCACAUGAACACAAUAAGCUAAGACACUGUUCGAUUGCUGCAGUGCUUACGCGGCCGGCGGAGAAUAUAAACAUAGCAACAGGCAAAAGCAGAACUAUAAUAAUACCAGCAGAUGUAGUAACUGGUGCAGAAGAAAAGAGCAGAAUCUAUAAUGAUAACUGGUUUGAUCGGAUGGCCAUUAAUCAUCUGUCUCAGAAUGUUCAAGCUGCAACAGGGUUGAAGAACAACAAGAGUGGCUUCGAAAGCUUGGUAGAGGCAGCUACAGCUACAUCGAGAAAAUUUAAUCCAGCAAAACAGAGAGAACUAGUUAUUCAAGCUCUAGAUAGUGCUUUCCCAAAGCCUAUAUUUUCCCUGGCAAAUUUUGAUGAUAUGAGCUGUGAGAUGAUAUUUGGUCAGGACCCUCCAGAGCUAUCCGAUGAUCCAGCACUCAAGCAACCAUGCUUCAAACUAUGCAAAGUAAACCAGAGGCACAACACUAAUGACUGCUCCAAAUAA